UACCCUCGUUCUCUUCUUAUCGGCUCUCUGAGUCCUGAGUUUUCUGAGGGAGAGCAAUGGCAGGUCUCAGGCUGAGUCCAAACCUCUCCCUUCUUCCAGUCUCGAACAAGCCCUCUGCUUCAAAUCGCAGGGACUCCAAUUUUGUUGUCAAGAAUGCAAUCUCCAUUGAAGAAAAGAAGGGAUCUUUAUCCCUCACCGAGUCUGAGGAAAUUUUUGAAGCCGCAAAGAAAAAUCUUCAUCAGCAUCGGAAAUUUGGGAAGCCGAGGCGUUUCAGAAAUUCCAUUUCCCAAAUUCCCCUUCCCAAAUUCCCAAAUUAGCCGAAAAGUUCAUCGGUUUCCCUUCUCCGACGAAGCCGAGGCGUUACAGAUAUUUAAUUUCCCAUCUCCGUUACGCCUUCCUCUCCGCCGAAUCCGAAGAUUUCAUCGGUUCCCCUUCUCCGACGAAGUCGAAGCGUUACAGAAAUUUGCAAAGAUGAGUACUAUUCAUCGGUUACCAUUCUCCGCCGAAGCCGAAGAUUUACAGAAAUUUGCACAGAUGAGUAUUUCUUCAGAAUUUCCUCAUUCAUCUCCACAGUUUUCUGAAUUAGGGCAUUCAGAAAGUUUCAAGCGACAAGGGUUCAAAUAUUUCAACAGCAGCUGUAUCGACAUUAGAAAGUGCCCGACGCUUGACAAGGAUUGGGAUUUGCAGUUGCAACUGAUUACUUCGUCGGCCAUGCAGCCUGCAGUCAGUAGAUCGCCAAGGGAAAAUGAACAAUUAUCAAAGUAUGGAUACACCAAGUCAGCCUGAAGCAUCAUGCUGAUAGAGCUUAAAAAAUUGAUUGAAGCAAAUCCUCUCUUUCGAGAAAAAUUACUCUUCCCAUCUAUGAAAGCUUCCCGACUGAGAACUCUUAUCAACCAAAGUUUGAAUUGGCAGCAUCAACGCUGUAAGAAUCCAAGGCCAAAUCCAGACAUCAAAACAUUGUUCACAGACCAUAUCUGUGCCCCUCCAAAUGGAGCUCGUGCCUCAGCAGUCUCUGUUCCACUCGUAGCUGUUCCAAAGGCUACUACGUCAUAUACACCUAUAUGUUUCCACUUUUGAAUGUGGGUUUAAGAAGUUAGCCAGUUCAAAUUGUGGGUGACUGGAAACCAAGUUGCAAAACUCGCCUUUCAUAACGCUGUGAUUAGAGUCUGUAGCUGGCAUCCAUACUAACCUAUGCUUGUGAGCUCUUCUUGGAAUUGUCAAAUUGCUAGAUGGCAAUUCUAGGGCUCUUGUAAUGUUUGCAGGUUGCAGAGCUCUUGGUAAAAAUGGGAACAAAGGAGGGUAUUUUCUUGGUGAGAUUCAUCCUGUGGUUGCUUGGCACAAGUCUGGGGACCCUCCUUUGUGGGUCCUCCCUCAGCCUUCGCAGAGAGUUCUCAUUCAUUAACAAGUUCUCAGAGAUGACAGUGGAUAAGAGAGAAGCGGUUCUAAAGAGAUGGAGCAAGGAGAAAUCUUUUGUAUUUUUAAGGUUGGCAUUUCUCAUGAACAAGUCCUUCUGCUUGUUUGUCUUCUACUCAAUGGUAAAGUUUAAGCUCAAAAGCAGGAAUUCUUUUUUUUUCAAGUUGAGUCAACAAAUUUUGAUUUCAGGGUAAUAUAGAUACAACCCAUGUACUAUAGGAAAAUAGUCAACAAGUACCUCUAAAUUCUUUUAUUAGCACGAAUUUAUAUAUUAGUCGUCUGUAUUUGUCCUAUAUGGAACAAGGAGUCUCUCUGCAAUACACGAAAGACCAGAAGAAUUUUAUGAAA